AUGACCGAUAUCGGUGAAACAUCGUCGCCGUCGGUAGUGCCGCUGACGGAAGACGAUCCGGAACAGGCGCCACCGAAAGACAAAGGUCUGUGGCGCGAUCUGGUGGCCUACUGGAUACUGGGACUGUGCAAUAACUACGGGUAUGUGGUGAUGUUGACCGCUGCGCACGAUAUUCUCAAGGAACUGGAGGGAGAAGAUCACGCCAAGAGUGCAAUGUUGACCGACUACGGCGUAGCGAACACCACGGCACGGGCCGAUGACGUUACCUUCGGCUAUGAGGCACGUCCGUGCAACAAGCUCUCGACCGGUGCAAUUCUCCUGGCGGACAUUCUGCCGGGCCUGGCCGUCAAAUCGAUUGCAUCGUUCCUUCCGCUGGCGAAACAUGUUCGAAUUUUCCUGUGCGUCGCGGCAGCUGCUGCUGGCUUUCUACUGACAGCGUUUGCCACCGUCGAAUGGGUGCUGUUCGUCGGCGUGAUAGCGACCUCCUUCUCGUCCGGUCUCGGCGAAGCCACGUUCCUCGCGUAUGCGACGUAUUUCAACAAGAACGUCAUCUCCACCUGGUCUUCUGGGACGGGCGGUGCCGGUAUUGCCGGGUCGCUUUCCUACACCGGGCUGACGGAGCUCGGUCUAACGCCAAAGACUACCAUACUCAUUAUGCUCGUCGUGCCGGCCCUGGAAGCGGCCGCGUUUUGGUUGCUCCUGCGCCACAAGAACACGGACAAAGCGGCCGAACCGGAGGAGGCGAAGGAAAAACCGGAAGAGAUCGACUACAACACGCUGCCAGAGGAUGAGCGACCGCUGGAGACCUGGCAGCAACGCAUCCGUUACAUUCCGUCGCUGUUCAUCUACAUGAUUCCUUUGGUACUGGUGUAUCUGCUGGAGUACUAUAUCAACCAGGGGCUGUUUGAGCUGCUGUACUUCCCGGGCAUCUGGCUGUCCCAGUCGGGACAGUACCGUUGGUACCAGGUGAUCUAUCAGAUCGGUGUGUUCAUAUCGCGCUCAUCGGUCAACCUCAUCCAGUUCCGGCACGUAUGGAUAAUGGCGGUGUUCCAGUUCCUGAACGUGGUGUACUUCACCUUCGAGGCGGUGUACUUCUUCACACCGUCGAUCUGGAUCAUCUUCGUGCUGAUACUGUGGGAGGGUCUGCUGGGCGGUGGCGGCUACGUCAACACGUUCUAUCGCAUCCAAAACGAUGUGCCGGCCGCAAGGCGUGAGUACGCGAUGAUGGUCACGUCCAUCUCGGACUCGGUCGGUAUUGCGCUGGCCGGUGUCGCUGCCAUACCGUCGCACAAUGCGAUCUGUGAUCUGCCGGUGCCCGAUCGGUUGCUCUAG